UAUGUUCCAAAUUAAAACAGGAGACCUUAGUUCUCAGGUUUAGCUUUCUUCAUCGUCGUCGUCUUUCUUAAUUCCUAACCACUGCCGGAUGGAGACGACUAUGGCUGUGAAGCUUGUGGAGUUCUCCUUGCAGUCCAUGGUGGGAAAGCUGGAGAAGAUGCUAGAGGAAGAAGCCGUUUUGCUGGCCGGAGUCGAAGAUGAUGCCCGAUGCAUAGUUGAGGAGCUGAGAAGCAUCACCUCUUUCUUGAUGGCCAUGUCAAAAAGGCGGAAUCUGGAUGAUCAACUGCAAAACUGGGUGCGAGAAGUGAGGGAAUUGGCCUACGAUGCCGAAGACUCGAUCGAUGAGUUCGACUGUCGUCUUCGAUCGACACCCUACAACGAGCGCGGAUUCAAAGAUUUUUUCAAUAACUUAUUUAACAGCAUAAAAUUAUUGAAACCUCGCCAUGACAUCGCUUUGGAGCUCAAGAAAUUGAAGGUUCAAGUAGAAGAGAUAAGAAAGAGGCACGUUCGCUAUUCACACCCAAAUGAAGCGACCACUAGCUUGGACAUGGCCGACAGAUACUCCGAUCUGCGGAUCAUCGGCCAUUUUGUAGAGAAAUCUCAACUCGUGGGCAUCAACCAAAGUAGAGAUCUAAUCAUCCGGUGGGUGACGGACGAGAAGUGCCCCGAGCUUACAACAAUUUCUCUCGUCGGCUUCGGAGGUUUAGGAAAGACAACUUUGGCUAAGACCGUCUACGACGAUCCUAUUAUCGUCGGAGGCCACUUCCAACCUCGAGCUUGGAUCGCAGUGUCACAAAAUUACAAUAUCAAAGAGCUUCUCAAAAAUAUUAUUCGAAAAAUUUCCAUAGACGAGAAACAAAUCCGAGAUGUUUCUGGGUGCCAAGAUACCCGUUUGAACACUGAGCAACUUCUGAACAUGAUGGACGAGUUGCAACUGGUGCAGACUAUCAGAGACCAUCUCCAUGAAAAGAAGUAUUUGCUUGUUUUUGAUGACGUUUGGAGCACUGAAGCAUGGGAAAGCUUGAGCAUUGCAUUGCCAUCAGGUAAAGAAGGAAGUAGGGUCAUAGUAACCACCCGCAUUGAGGAUGUGGCAAAUACAAGUUGUUCUGGUAAUCGUCAAUUUAUAUUUAAAGUCUCUCCUUUAUCACCUGAGCUAUCUUGGGAUUUAUUCUGUAGAAAAGUAUUUGAUGCACCUGACUAUAGUUGUCCACCAAAACUAAAAAAUGUUGGCAGAGAAAUCUUGCAAAAGUGCGAUGGACUGCCACUUGCGAUUUUGACAAUCGGAGGUCUUCUGGCUUCCAAGCGUCAUAAUAAACUUGAGGAAUGGAAAAACUUUCGCAACCACUUUCGUUCGGAGAUACAAACUAAUAAGAAGCUGUCGAAGAUUGAUCAGAUACUAGGUUUGAGUUACAAUGACUUGCCUUACGAUCUCAAGCCUUGCUUCUUGUUCUUAGGCAUCUUCCCUGAGGAUUAUGAGAUUGGUCGGAAGCGUCUGAUGAGACGGUGGGUUGCUGAAGGGAUUGUGAGUGGUGUAGGAGGCUUCCCCGCUGAGAAAGUCGCCGAGCGCUGCUUCAACGAGUUGGUGAGUCGUAGCUUGGUGCAGCCGUCAGAAUUUAAUGAUAAUGGGAAAGUGAAAUCCUGCCGCGUCCAUGACAUGAUGCUCCAAGUCAUAAUCUCGAUAUCAAAUAAGGUGAACUUUGCGGUGCUACUGAAUGAGCACACCACUAAUCUGCCGCAACAUCAGAAGAUAAGACGCUUAUCCUGGCAGGGAGGAAGCAGUGGACUAAGUACUAACACUGAUCUGUCCCACCUCAGAUCCUUCACUGCAUUCGGUAGCGACGGUAGGGAUGUGCCAGUACCACUGAAGGAUUACAGAAAGCAGAGGCUGUUGAGGGCAAUUGACCUGGAAGGAAGUUUCAACUUGUCUGAUCGUCUCCACCCCAACAGCUUUUCCAAGUUGUUUCUUCUGAAGUACCUGUCUCUAAGAAAUAAUAUUAGAUUACGUAGAUUGCCAGAUUCAAUAGGAGAUUUGCAGAAUCUACAGUGUUUGGAUAUAAGAGGAACUUAUAUCGAAGAACUACCCAAUUCCAUCGUCAAACUCCAAAAACUGGUCUAUCUGCUUGGUGGUUUGAUUGUGCACACAUUUACGAGGAAGGAACCAAAUAUGUACGAAGAAGUACCCAGAUAUGCGUAUCCGGAUAACUCAAACCAUAUGUACGACAAGUUCACAAUUGACGUAUAUACUUCUUCGGUAAAAUUGAAGUUCCCGAAAGGAAUACGAGAGUUGAAUGGACUUCGCAAGUUAGGAAUGACAUACGCUGAUGAUGAGCAGUUGCUGCAGGAGAUCGGUGAGCUUGUCAAGCUCGAGAAGCUUGCCAUCUGUUUCGGUGAAGAUGAUCAAGUAAGCGGAGUGCUGGAGGGGAUCCGCGUCCUACUUUCGAAGCUCAGUGGCAGCCUUCGAUCGCUAACAAUUUCUCAUGCUAAGUACGGCGAUCUGAAAAGGGCACUCGAUGAGGUAGCUUCGCCGCCAUUGCUGCUCUGCAAGCUCCAGAUACAUGCCAAUCUUGGCGGAUUGCCUGCUUGGUUUGCAUCCCUGAAGCAGGUCGUCAAGAUAACUUUGUACUUCACACGAUUGCAGCUCCAGGAUCUGCAAGUCUUGAGAAAUCUCCACACUCUGGUCCACCUGGUCCUAGGAUAUAGGUCAUUCGACAAUGCUGCUGAGAAUUUGGUCUUCGAUCGGGGAGGGUUCACGCAUCUCAAGUUCCUGGAAAUUCAAUCGCACGGUGUGAUUUUCGAAGAAGCUGCACUCCAAAGCCUCAAAAUUCUUAAAAUGUCUUAUUUUGCCCAUGGAUAUAGCGUCGAUGGCAUAGAACAUCUGCGUGGGCUCAAGGAGGUUCACAUUUAUAAGUCGACUCUAGGUAUUGUGAAAAUGGUGGAAGAUAUUUCAAGAUGCCAUUCAAAUCAUCCCAAAUGUUAUUCCGAUGCAGAUGUAUCAAAAGGGUCAUGGACCCGAUCAGAUUAGGCUGCAUUUGGGCUCAGAUUUAGGGUUAAACGAGGCGAUCACGCUCUGGAUUGAUUUGGAUCGUCCAUUGAAGUUUGAAGUAGAUCUACACCAUCCAUUGAAGAUCUGGACCAUCUGACCUAAUGUAGAGCAGAUCUUAUCCGUUGAUGAAGAUCCAGAGAUUUUGAUCCAGAUCUGAGCUCAUUCAACCGUUGAUUAAGCCCGGAUCGAUUUGGACCGUUGGAUCAGAUGAGGAGAGGUUUAAAAACGUUGAGAAGCUACAGUGCUUUCUUGAGCUCGGCUUCGCGAUUUCCACCACUGUUCAUCUUCUUCGUCGCCGAAGCUUCCCUUCCACAAUUCAGAUCUGAGAGCAGAUUUUCUUCUCCGAUGACGAUAACCAAGCUUCGGCGUUCAUCUUCCGGCGAUCAGAGAGCAGCCGAGGGAGGUUUCUCAGCCGUGCCUUGUUCUGUUCCACCGCCACAUUGCCGAUCGGGGAGGUUUCCGAUCAGUGAUCUUCGCAUCCACCAGGGCUUCGAGGGAGGUUUCUUGGAGUUUCUGUACCUUUUCCGCAUUCCAUUCCGCAGCGAAGCUGGUUUGUUCUGAUCAAUCGGAUUAGCUUGGCAAAUCACAGAGCAAACUCUGUUUUCUUCGGUUGAUGGUGAUACCAGUCAGAUGCGAGCUUGAGGGGAGGUUUCCAAUGGCCAUGAGCAUCAUCUGGUGAUAGUUGGAAGCUUGGUAGUUCGUUGGAUGUUCGAGGGGAGGUUUCCGAGAACAAAUCUGUUUAAUAGCAGAUUGAUGAAGUUUGGUUUCGGUUUUGGGAUUGUGAAAUGUUUAGGGUUUUAGUUUCCUUUAUUCUAUGUCUUUGAAUUGUCCACGAACAUGCUCAGAUCUCGUGAUCUGAUUACAUUUCUUUGCAAUUUCUAUUUUGUUUCAUGUUUCCUUAUGCAAUUUUGUUUGUGAUUUCUUGCUUACAAACCCCAAUCUUAGAUCUACUUUCUGAUUA